AUGAGCAAUGAGUCUGCCGUCUGGAGAAACCUAACAGCAAACUCCACAACUGAGGACAUCCCGUUGGUGUUGGGGAGGUCGGAUGGCUACGUGCUGUUGCUGGUCCUCCUCUCCGUCUUCCUCGGGGGAACGCUCAUCGUGCUGUCCGUCCUGCUGAUCUUCUGCCGCCGCUGCUGCGAGGGAGGACGGCACUAUGCACGGGCUAACGAUGACCCAGAGAAGACCAACACCACCUGUGCGGAGGAAUCUCAGCCCACACAUGAGAUCACUAUCAGAGUGGAUGAGUCAGACUGCCUGUCGGCGGCCAGCUCCCACGACAUGGAGACGGAGCGUUUUCUGUCCACGGGCACGCAGGGCCGCCGCGUCUCCUUCAAUGAGGCUGCUCUCUUCGACCACAGCAAGAAGACGCAGGAGAAAGGCCGCAGGUACACGCUGACGGAGGGAGAUUUUCACCAUCUGAAAAACGCCAGGCUCACACACCUCAACCUCCCUCCCCCCACCCUCAAGAUCCUCACCAUCCACGAGUGCGACUCCCCUGACAACACCGUCACCAUGACGACGCGCCCCGCCUCCAAGUCCAGCCUUUCCAUCUUUCAGCCGUCGGUGUGUCCGCUGCCUCAGACGGCCCUGACCAGUCUCAGCGUGUCUCCCAGUUCUCCGCUCCCCGGUGACACGCUCAACUCCGUCGCAGACACAAGCUUCAGCAAAACACCACCUCUCUCCACUUCUAUGGAAGUGCGGGGUGUUGCCUCCAGGAAUGGGGGCAGCCCGGGAGCGGUGGGCAAGGGGGGGUCGGUUUCGACGACCGCCCUUUCGUCCAGCAGCCCCUCCCAGGGUCCCAUGCUGCAGUUCCUCACCAAACUGCGUCGCCACACCAGCCUGGAGGGGGCCAGUCCCUACUUUAAAAUCAAGAAGUGGAAGUUGGACAGCAGCCAAAGAGCGUCCAGCCUGGACACGAGAGGCUCUCCCAAACGCAGACAGUUCCAGAGACAGCGCGCGGCCAGCGAGAGCAUGGACCAGGACGAGCACGAUUCUCACCACAUCGACCUCAUUCAGUACAUCGCCCGCACCAAGGACGUGGCCUACUGCCCCGGGCGUCCGUCCCCCCGCCUCCUGUCCCCUCCCUCCACGCCCCCACCUUCCCUCGGCAGGUUAGAGGUGGAGGUGGUGGUCGAGCCCAGCUGCAGCCACGUGGUUAGUCCGGGAAUGAUUGGUGUGCCCUCUGAAAUGCAGGAAGAGGUCGCGGGGGCGGGCUGUCAUCGGGAAAGCUCAGACCAUCAGGCCUUGUAUCGGGACAUCUGGACACUCCGUGCUUCCCUGGAACAGUACAUCUCUUCGGACCAGAGCAGCAACAAUGACAAGGACUCAGUGCGCAGUGAUGCCGACAGCGUCUGCUCACUAGGGGGCAGAACUGAGAAGGGGCGGUUGCCUAGCUACUCCUCCCAGGACAUCGGUGAUGAACCGGAGGGCGACCUUGAGUUGCCAAGCGAUGAAGUGUUUGAAAAGGGGGGUAAGCAGGACAGCGUGGAUUCCGAAAGGGGCAGUGACGGGGAAUCAGGGAACCGGAAGCUUCUACAGAUGGACAGUGGCUAUGCGUCCAUCGAAGCUCCAUCCCGUGCACCUGAGGAGUUUCGGCUGUUUGGAAGCGGAAGCGGGAGCAAGGAUGGAACGGCUGUGGAGCGUCGGCACUUUUUCACCAGCUCUGGACGGAAGGGGACAGUGUGUGAGAGCUUCGAGAUGGACCUCUUUGACGAGGAGCUGGAGGAAGAAGAGUCGAUGGGAGCUAGUGGCGGAGUCGCAACGGAGACGGAGUUGACGUGGUCUCCUUACGGACAGAUGUUCACGCAGCGUGAAGCCCUGCAACACCCGCCCCCUGUCGCCUUCUGUCGCCGAGAUUACAGCAUCGAUGAGAAGACAGACGCACUCUUCCACGAGUUCUUACGGCAUGAUCCUCAGUUCGACCAGCAGGAGUCGCCAGCACGCUUGAAACACCGCUCUCGUGUGCACCUGCGGAAACAGUGGCAGCGUUCAAAACAGUACAGCGACCCAGGAGUUCGCCUCUUGUCAUCUUUUGAGAGGCACCGUACACCCCUGCGCAGAGGUGAAAGUGUCAACUACCCUCUGGACACAAGCUACCACAGCACGCUUCCUCGGAUCAUCAGCGCUCCAGACGAGGAGAACAGUGAGGGGGCGGCUAGCGCUCCUGACACGCCGAAAGCUGACCGGGUUGCAGCGGAAGAGACUGAGAUCAAGCUCUCCCCUAGCAGCAGCACUGGAACAAUUAAAGCCAAGGACAAGGAGGAGGAACUUGGACCCUCCUCGUCUCCUACAGUGACUGACAGCUCUGUCGACCAACCGGAGACCCAGGAGGACCCUCGAAAGGCAGGGCCCCCUGAUGAAUCGUUGUCCCCAGACGUCACUUAUGGCCCGCAGAACAUCUCCGCUGAGCUGUCCGACAAGCUGGCGGCUAACCUGGAUGAGCGGAUUUACUCUGGACUUCGUAAGAACAAAGACCAGCCCGAGUGUAAGCCGGAGUGUGUGGUGACGGUCGCACACACUUCUCCUGAUCAUAGCCCAGUGUAG